GUCAAACAAAGCAACCAACUUUGUUGUGCAUUGUUACCACUAGAGACACGUGUCGCAAUGUACGGUUUCUUAAAACAGAACAAUUCAACAUAUUCAACGGCAUUAUUUUCCAUACACCACUUUAUAGUAAGCAGCAAGAACAACACAACAGUCACUGUGUAACACUAAUCUUCCUUUUUCUUUUUUUUCCUUAAAAGUAAAAAAUAACAUUACUUUGAUUCUUCCUCUGUACUCUAGAAAAAACCUAUCUUUUAUAAACCUCUCAUGUGCUGAGAAAGAAACCAAGAACACAAGUAAAGAAGAAAAAAACCUGUGCCAAAGCCAAAAUGAGACAUCUUCUUUACAUUUUCUUCUUCAUUGCCUUUCUCGGUUUUGCAGGAGCUGGUCAAGAAUCAACACCCAUUAGAGCUCUAAAUCUCCAUCACAAUCUCCUUCAACUUCCUCAAACCACUGAUCUUGAUCUCGCUGUUUCUGUGAGUGACAACAAAACCAUUACUGAGAUUUCCUCAAGUAUCAUAAAAGCCGAAACUUGGCUUAAAACCCAUGUCCUCUCUCGUUACCCUUCCACAAAAAUCACCACCAUUGUUGUCUUUUUCCCUGAUUCUUGCCAAACCACACAAAACAAACCCACCUCUGAUCUGGUUCUUUCUUCUUUGAAAAACAUUUACCAUUCUCUUACAAGAUGGGGUCUUGAGAACAACAUCAAAGUCUCCUCUGGCUUCUCUUACAAUUGCUUAAACAACCCAAAAAUCUCAGAAAUGUUCAAACCUGUUCUUAUCUUCCUCAAAACCAUAAACUCAACUUUCACCAUAAACCCACCUCAAAACUUCCUUUCUUCACCUGAUAAUCAUCUUGAUUUGCUUCAUUCCGUUGAAAAGCUCGGAUCUUUGAGCUUCAACAAAGUCAAUUUCUUAAACCCUGAACCAGAACAAGAAUCUACAACGACGAUGACAAGAAGAAAUCUGAGAUCUUUAAUCAAUCUCUCCAGCAAAUUCACAAUCUCUUUCCCAACAUUACCAUCUCCAUCACCAGAAAACUCACCAAUUCACUCCUCAAUCGGAUCUCCAUCUCCACCUACUAUACCCUAUUUCUCAGAACCUUCACAAUCUCCGAUGCCCUCUCCUCCCCAAUUUCCACCGGAAUCAAAUCAAGGGAUCUCUCUUCCGCCGUGCCUUCCUUACCAUCCGGCGCCGUCACCGUCUCCUGUCAAGAAGAAGGACGUGGAAGGGCUAUGGUGCGUGGCGAAACCGAGUGUAGCGGCGGAGACAUUGCAACAAUCUCUGGACUUUGCGUGUGGACAAGGAGGAGCCAAUUGCGAUGAGAUUAAACCUCACGGGAUAUGUUACUAUCCAGACACAGUCAUGGCUCACGCAUCUUAUGCUUUCAACAGUUAUUGGCAAAAGACUAAACGUAACGGAGGUACUUGCUCUUUCGGUGGAACCGCCAUGCUUAUCACAACUGACCCAAGUUAUCAGCAUUGCCGGUUUGUUCUGAGUUGAGAUUUGUCAGCCAUUGAAGAUCUGGAGUUCUGGACUCUGAGAAACCCCGGAAACAAAGAAGAUAGAUGAUAUUAAUUAAGUAGUGAUCUAUAGUUUUGUUAAUUUUAUAAAUCAUGGUUUAUCAUUUAGGGUUCACUUUUAAUUAAUCCGUUCUUUGGCCCACUUGGUACUGUUAAUGGGCUUUGUUUUACCGAGACCGGAAUGGGCCUUAUUGUAGGGGAAACGGAAAAAAAUAAACAAAAACACGUAUCAGAGCCAGGUUUCGAUCCUGGGACCUGUGGGUUAUGGGCCCACCACGCUUCCGCUGCGCCACUCUGAUUUUGUUGACACGUUUAUAUCAACGUUUUAUAUAACCAUUAGUUAAACCUUGGCUCGUUUGUUAUGUUGAUGGGCUUUUGGUCCCAAGUGAUUACUGAUAGUGAUUUUUUUUUUU